UGUUUCAUCGUCGUGGACUCAACCCAGCCCAUUCAAAACACACAAACAUCUCAAGUAUGUUCUUACUUACAUAAAUCUUUAUAUCUAUCUAUAUAUCUAUAAUAAUAAUUCUUAUACAUAUUGUUUAGUAAAACCAGAAUUCAUAAAUGGCUUUACUGCUAAAUUCUGUACCACCCAUAACAAAUUUAUCCACAGAACACAUUAUUAAAACACUAAAGAAAAGCACACAAUUUCAUUCAUUUUCACCUAAACUUAGAUUCACUAGAGUACUUUUAGCAUCAACCCAAGUAGGAUUAGCUUCUAAAGAAUCUGUUUUCACGUUACCCAACUGGAGAACGGGUCGAACUGACCCGAAAAACAAAGAAUAUAGACUAAAUGAUGCCUUUUUGUAUCUUGAAUAUAUGGUUGGUAAAGGACAAACCCCUGAUGUUUAUCAUGCUACACAAUUGUUGUACGAUUUAUGUAAGUCGAAAAAGUUAAGAAAAGCUACUAGAGUUAUGGAAAUGAUAGUUGAUUCGGGUUGUGUACCCGAUGCAGCGUCGUAUAACUUUUUAGUUAGUCAGUUGUGUAAAAGAGGAAAUGUUGGUCAUGCAAUGCAGUUGGUUGAAAAAAUGGAGGAUCAUGGAUUUCCGACGCAUACUGUUACUUAUAAUUCGUUGGUUCGUGGGCUUUGUAUGUUAGGGAAUUUGAAUCAAACGAUGUUGUUUAUCGAUAAGUUGAUAAAUAAAGGGCUUGUUCCGAAUGCCUUUACUUAUUCUAUAUUGUUAGAGGCUGCGUAUAAGGAAAGAGGCGCUAAUGAAGCAAUGAGGUUGUUAAGUGAUAUAAUUGCGAAAGGGGGUGAGCCUAAUUUGGUUAGUUAUAAUGUUUUGUUGACAGGUUUGUGUAAGGAAGGUAGGACUAAUGAGGCACUUUGUUUUUUUAGGGAGUUGCCGUCGAAAGGGUACACCCCAAAUGUUGUGACUUAUAAUAUUUUGUUGAGAAGUUUGUGUCGUGAAGGGAGGUGGGAUGAAGCAAAUGAGCUUGUGGCUGAGAUGGUUGAAGCAGGGUUGUCACCGUCUUUGGUUACUUAUAAUAUAUUGAUUAGUUCACUUGCUUUUCAUGGUAGAACUGAUAAUGCGCUUAAGGUGCUUAAUGAGAUGACUAAAGGAGAGUUUAAGCCCAUUGCCGCGACUUAUAAUCCAAUCAUUGCACGUCUUUGUGAAGAAAAGAAGGUUGAAGAUGUUAUGAAGUGUCUUGAUUUGAUGGCUUAUAGGGAUUGCAGUCCGAAUGAGGGAACUUAUAAUGCCAUUUCUGGUUUAUGCAAAGUGGGCAUGGUACAUGAAGCUUUCUCGAUCAUUAAUAGCUUGAGUAGUAAACAGAACUCCUCAAAUCAUGACUUUUACAAGAAUGUGAUAUCAGGGUUGUGUAGAAAAGGGAAUACUUUUCCUGCGUUUCAGCUUCUUUAUGAAAUGACCAGGUAUGGAUUUACACCUGAUUCUUAUACUUAUUCGUCUUUGAUUAGAGGGUUGUGCAUGGAGGGAAUGUUGGAUGAAGCCCUGGAAGUAUUUAGCAUCAUGGAAGAAAGUAGUUGCAGGGCUGAUAUCGACAAUUUUAAUGCGCUUAUACUUGGGCUGUGCAAAUCUCAGAGAACAGAUUUGGCUCUGGAGAUUUAUGAGAUGAUGAUAGAUAAAGGGUAUAUGCCUAAUGAGACAACUUAUACAAUUGUAGUGGAAGGGAUUGCCCACGAAGGCGAGAAGGAACUGGCAGCUCUACUCCUGAGAGAGCUGCAUUCAAAACAAGUCAUGAGUCGAAAUACAGUAGACAGACUUCUUAUGCAAUAUGAUUUUGAGGAUUUCACAGGGUAAAUAGCUGCAACAAAGAUGUAAAUUUGUCAGAAUACAUAGGCAAAUUGGUGUGGCAGAAAUCAAUAGAGUGUUGUUGAUCGCGUCAAUAGAUAGCUACAGUACAUGUUAUUGCAUUCGCGGGUCCAAGGAUUCACUUUUUGAGGUUAUUGAUAACAAGUUUUUUCUAGAAGUUGUUGCUUUAUGCUUUGAGACAUGCUAAUGUUGUUUAGCUGUUCAUGCUC